AUGGGAGGAAAUCCAUUGCAAGGACAGUUAAAUGAUAUUUGGUGCUUCCACUUGUUUUAUUUUACAUGGAGGGAAAUAACAACAUCUGGAAAUGUUGUAAUCGACGCCAGAUACCAGGCUGGAUACACGUCAUGAAAUGAAACUGAAACUACCAUGUUUGCUGUGUUUACAGGAAUUUCUAUGGCUCGAACAAGUAAUAGUUUAUUUAUGUAGCAUAUAUAUAGACUAAACACCGAUGCAUGAACAUGAGCGGUCCAACCUUAUCAAGGAGACCUCCUUGGAGCUCAAGAAGAUCCUAUCCUUACUUAUUACUCAGGCUAUCUUUAUAUGGUAGGAGGAAUAGCGACUUACAAUGCUAAUCCUUAUGCUUCAGUCUUUUUUCGUUAUAACCUUUCAUCUCAAAAAUGAGAAAAUAUUACUUAGCCUAACUUAAAAUUUAAAGCCCCCCAUGGGGAAUUAUCAGUCAUGAGUUUCAUACAUAUAAAACCUUAUAAAAAACUAUAAAAAACUAUAUAGAUAUAAGCAUAUCCCUAGCCCAUAUCGGGCUAUCUUUAGGGAUAUGCCUAUAACCAUUUUAUGAUUAUAUGAAAAUUUUACAAAUACAAAUAAAAUAUUUACUUUUUAGUUUCACGCCAAAGGAGCUCUAA